AUGGCCAGCUAUGGUGUACUGACAUUAAUGGUCGUUGCAUUGUUAUGUGUGUUUGUGAAAGGACGCUCCAGUCACGUUUCCUGUCAGGUUGUGGAGAACAAAUGGUGCACCGUGCAGCGACUACGAAUCACAGCCCGAACAGAUGUGCGCGGCUUAGUGUUUCCGGAUGAUCGAUACGAGAAAAUCCGCAUUGGACAGUUCUAUGAUUUCGUCAACACAGACAGUACGAUUGUAAUUUUUUCAGGCGAGCUAUUUUAUCGCAUGCGCCGCGUUCGAUACCUACAGAUGAAUGGAGUUCGCAUGGUAGGUCUUGAUAUGCCCGAUACCGUCAUCGAACUGGAUGUGGCUGACAACUGGCUCUCCCGGGUGUACAUAGAUUCAGAAAAGAGCUACACCCUUCGGAAACUGAUCAUGCGCAACAAUCUUCUCACCAGUAUUACUAGUUUCAACUAUCUCAACAUGCUCGAGGAGUUAGAUCUCAGUGAAAAUAUGCUGCACACGGUGAACUUUGACGUGUUUUCAUUCAUGCCUUACAUCCGGCUAAUCAAUUUGGCUCGAAACCGCAUUUUCAGUACUACCGCUGGUAAUGGUGUCAUUUCACUUGGUUUCCUUGAACAAGUAAAUCUGGCAGAAAACAUGCUUACAAAAUUAGACGUUGGAGUAUGGCUUUUCCCUUCAUUGACAACCUUAAAUCUCACUGGAAAUCCUAUUAGACGUUUGUCGUUGUCUAGUCAACAGUCCUUUCCACGUUUGAAAAAUGUUUUAUUAUGA